AUGUUAACCCCCGCCUUACUCGCCCGUCUGUACCUGCUGGACCGGCAACGGUGUUUGGGAGCGGGUAGGGGGCACCCGCCAGCGGCGCUGACUGGGGGAAGUGGUUGGGCAGUGCCAACAGGUCAUCGAGACGGAUUAGUUUCACUGGCAUCUGAUGCAGAAAGCAUACCUGGUCCUAAAGACUCCAUUGAUGACCAAAUCAAGAAGUUUGCUAACAAAGGUCUUAGCAUUGAAGAUCUUGUUACCCUUGUAGGAGGACAUACAAUUGGGACAGCUGGCUGUGUCACAUUCAGUGACAGGCUAUACAACUACAACAAUACUAAUGCACCCGACCCUGCUAUUGACCAAGGAUUCCUUCCCCAUCUUCAAACCCUAUGUCCUCUUAGCGAUGAUCUUACAAGGCGAGUGGCCUUGGAUACAAACAGCGAAAACAAUUUCGACAACUCAUUCUAUGAAAACAUAAGGCGUGGACGAGGAACUGGGGGAAGUGGUUGGGCAGUGCCAACACGUCGUCGAGACAGAUUAGUUUCACUGGCAUCUGAUGCAGAAAGCAUACCUGGUCCUAAAGACUCCAUUGAUGACCAAAUCAAGAAGUUUGCUAACAAAGGUCUUAGCAUUGAAGAUCUUGUUACCCUUGUAGGAGGACAUACGAUUGGGACAGCUGGCUGUGUCACAUUCAGUGACAGGCUAUAUAACUACAACAAUACUAAUGCACCCGACCCUGCUAUUGACCAAGGAUUCCUUCUCCAUCUUCAAACCCUAUGUCCUCUUAGCGGUGAUCUUACAAGGCGAGUGGCCUUGGAUACAAACAGCGAAAACAAUUUCGACAACUCAUUCUAUGAAAACAUAAGGCGUGGACGAGGAGUACUUGAAUCUGAUUCAAAGCUGUGGAGUGACCCACGAACACAAAAGUUUGCGCAACCGUUUAUUGGAGCUAGCAGAUCGCAUGGAUCGACAUUCAACAAGAUGUUCGCGAUAGCAAUGGUGAAGAUGAGUAAAAUUGAGUUAAAGACAGGUAAUCAAGGAGAAAUUCGUAGGGUUUGUAAUAGAAUUAAUUAACUGAUAUGAAGACUCAAGGCGAGUGGUAUAACAAA